UCAUAUUGUGUAAUAUUUUCCAGCUAUGUGUGGAGGAACAUGGCGAUACCGUGGAGGCACUGUUGGAGGUGGACUACAGGCGCUACGAGUACAAGUGUACUAGAAACCAUAUGCGGUUUUAAUGGAAGGUCUGCUACGUUUGCUGCUUUGUCUUUGCGAGGAACGGGGGCCGUCGCUGGCUCGGGAAAGGAGAGACUAUCCUCCAGGCCUGAAGACACAACCUCAAUAGGCAACUAUAUUCUGACAAGUAGGCACAAAUCAAGGUUGCUUUACCCCACACAAAAGCCUUGCUGCUGCAAAAGGAUACACAGUGAUGCCAAGUUGAAGGACCCGUUCACACUAGCCCAAAAAGACUUGAACCAUUUGUAUGAUGAUAUUAAAAAGGAGCUUUUUGUGUCCAAAUCAGAGCUGAAGUCCUUAUGUGACUACUACUUUGACGGGAAGGGCAAGGCCUUCCGACCAAUGAUAGUGGUGCUGAUGGCCCGGGCUUGCAAUAUUCACAGCAACAGAGACGGAGAUCUGCUCCCAGGUCAGCGGUCCAUAGCUAUGAUCUCUGAAAUGAUCCACACCGCCAGCCUGGUCCACGAUGAUGUCAUCGACGGCUCGGACAAGCGGAGGGGGAAGACCACCAUCAACGAAGUGUGGGGGGAGCGAAAGGCCAUUUUAGCUGGAGAUUUCAUCCUCUCGGCAGCCUCCAUGGCUCUGGCCCGUAUCGGCAACAACACAGUGGUGUCAGUGCUGUCUCAGGUCAUAGAGGAUCUGGUGCGAGGGGAAUUCAUGCAGCUGGGCUCCAAGGAGAACGAGAGCGAGAGAUUCAAGCACUACCUCGAGAAGAGCUUCAAGAAGACUGCCAGUCUUAUAGCGAACAGUUGUAAAGCAGUAUCUAUUCUGGUGAACUCGGACCCAGAGGUACAGGAAAUAGCCUUUCAGUACGGGAGGAACGUAGGCAUCGCCUUUCAGCUGGUGGAUGAUGUGCUGGACUUCACAGCAUGCGCCAGCCAGCUAGGAAAGCCUUCGGCUACAGACCUUAAGCUGGGCCUGGCAACCGGACCAGUCUUAUUUGCCUGUCAACAGUUUCCUGAGCUGCAUGCUAUGAUUAUGAGGAGGUUCAGCACCACUGGAGACGUGGAUCGGGCCUGGCAGUAUGUCCUGGAGAGUGAUGGUGUGGAUCAGACCAACUACCUGGCCCAGAGCUACUGCCGGGAAGCCAUCCGGCAGAUCAGCCUGCUCAGGCCCUCCCCGGAACGGGACGCCCUCAUCAGGCUCACUGAGAUGGUCCUCACACGCGACAAGUGAGCUCCCACCCCCAGGCUUCACUUCAGGCAGCUGUCCUGUGGAAGCCCCCACCCCCCCCCUCCCCAUGGAGGGUUAGAUGCCAGGAUGAUGAGGGAAGGUGGUUAAUGUUUCAUCAGUGACAUUCCCAGUGGGUCCUGAUGGACCAUUGUUUAUGCAGCUUUUUGUACAUAACAUAAGUUAAAGGUGGAACUAAACGGUGCAUACACAGGUUCUUCAGGACUGACUUUUGGGUGAGAUGCACUGCUUCACAUUACCCAUGGCUUCUUUCUCCCCUCUGGAAAACCCUUAGGUCCUCACAGAAAAGAGUAUAUGUUAUUGACACCAGUGGUUUUUAAUGCUAGUCCUGUAGGACCCCUGCAUCUACAGGUUUCUGAACCAACCCCCCACCUAUACUUCAAUUGAACUUCAACAAAGCGUUAAAAUAGCACGUCAAUGAGGCAUGAACACAGACCUAUAUGCACAGGGACCCUCCAGGAUCAUUGUUGAAACAUGAUUUUCAGUGUAUACAGUACUGUAAAUGCAGCCACCGCCCUACUUCCAACUGGCAAGGCUGUUGUUAUUACACGUGAUGCUUGGGGCGGGAUGGACCCUGCAGAAUCAUUGUAAUUCCAUGAGUCAAGAUGGAGUAUCAUUAUUGUGUGUGUGUGGAUCUGUAUUAAGACCUUGCUCGAAGAUCCGCCCGCAGUCCGCACCGUAACGACCAAAAGUCAAAUGUUUGUCAGGGUGACUCUUGUCAAUUGGAGAAUGUUAUAUUGUAGGUAUUUCCUGUCACAAGUGCUUAAAGGUCCCAAACAGUCAUUCUGAUUUCCAUGUAACGCAGCCUUUUGAGUGACUAAAACAUCACCCACAAUAUUUUAACGUUUGAGAAAUAAUGUUUUUUUUCUCUCAUGGAAAACUACCACCAGGAAGUCCGAAAAGAUUGCAUCAGUGGGUGGGGAGCUGGUAGGCUGAGUGGGCGGGGAGCUGGUAGGCUGAGUGGGCGGGGAGCUGGUAGGCUGAGUGGGCGGGGAGCUGGUAGGCUGAGUGGGCGGGCGUUCCCAAGAACCGCCAAUGUCAAGCAACAGAUGCAGUGUUAGAGAGAUUAUCUCAAGCAAAUUUGCUGAAACACAAAAGGAACUCGAACAACAUUGAAAUUGCAUGCAACAUCCAAUCCUGUCAAUAAUCAAAUCAUCGUUUCACUAAUUAUUUGUUUAUCCUGUUUGGUUAUUGUAACUAUCAAUGUAGACAAAAUGUUGGCUAUAUAAUUUAGUGAGCUAUCCCAAAUGGAAUUGUCAGCACUGUUUAUCACGCUAGCUGGUUCACCUUGAACAAUUUCAUGUGUUUACAAAACAUUGGGAACUAUUUUCCUAAUAUUGAGUUGCAACCCCUUUUUGCCCUCAGAACAGCCUCAGUUUGUCGGGGCCUGGACUCUGCAAGGUUUCGAAAGAGUUACAUGGGGGAUGUUGACUCGAAUGCUUCCCACAGCUCUGUCAAGUUGACUGG